UCAAAUGGCCCCGUAGGGCAACAAGGAUGGUUAGUUUUGACCGUACUUAUUUGUGCCGUAAAAAAAAUAGACCCUAAUUGGCAGCUAUUUGGGCUUGUAUAUCUGCCUAGGGCUUUUUAAAAAAAUGAUGGUCCCCGAAUGAAGGGCUUCUGACCUGUGAAGAUCCAUCCAUUCCCUCAAUUGGAUGGGGAGCGGGGACAGUAUCUCCGGCGAUCUCCGAAUUAAGAGGGAAUGUUGACCAGGGAGCACAGCUGCGGUCGAUCAGAAACGCAGGAACUCGAGCCGGGUCUGAGUCCGAAAAAAGCCAGAUCCGUACGGUGGCUCCGGAGCGGAUCGAAGUGGAAGAUGGAGGAGCCAGAGGACCCGGCAUACGGUGGGCAGUCGCUGCCCCCAGUUUACAUCUACAGCCCUGAGUAUGUCAGCUUGUGCGACUCCCUGGCCAAGGUCCCCAAACGGGCCAGUAUGGUACAUUCUUUGAUUGAAGCAUAUGCACUGCAUAAGCAAAUGAGGAUAGUGAAGCCCAAAGUGGCUUCCAUGGAGGAGAUGGCCACCUUCCAUACUGAUGCUUAUCUUCAGCACCUUCAGAAGGUGAGCCAGGAAGGUGAUGAUGAUCAUCCAGACUCCAUAGAAUAUGGGCUAGGCUAUGACUGCCCAGCUACUGAAGGGAUAUUUGACUAUGCAGCAGCUGUAGGAGGGGCUACAAUCACAGCUGCCCAGUGCCUAAUCGAUGGGAUGUGCAAAGUAGCAGUUAACUGGUCUGGAGGUUGGCAUCAUGCAAAGAAAGAUGAAGCAUCUGGUUUUUGUUAUCUCAAUGAUGCUGUCCUGGGAAUAUUACAAUUGCGACGGAAAUUUGACCGUAUUCUGUAUGUGGAUUUGGAUCUGCACCAUGGAGAUGGUGUAGAAGAUGCCUUCAGUUUCACCUCCAAAGUCAUGACUGUGUCCCUGCACAAAUUCUCCCCAGGAUUUUUCCCAGGAACAGGUGAUGUAUCUGACAUUGGCCUAGGGAAAGGACGGUACUAUAGUGUAAAUGUGCCCAUUCAGGAUGGCAUACAGGAUGAGAGGUACUACCACAUCUGUGAAAGUGUACUAAAGGAAGUAUACCAAGCCUUUAAUCCAAAAGCUGUGGUUUUACAGCUGGGAGCUGAUACAAUAGCGGGGGAUCCCAUGUGCUCCUUUAACAUGACUCCAGUGGGAAUUGGAAAGUGUCUUAAAUACAUCCUUCAGUGGCAGUUGGCAACACUCAUUUUAGGAGGAGGAGGCUAUAACCUUGCCAACACAGCUCGCUGCUGGACAUACUUGACCGGGGUCAUCCUAGGGAAAACACUAUCCUCUGAGAUCCCAGAUCAUGAGUUUUUCACAGCAUAUGGUCCUGAUUAUGUGCUGGAAAUCACGCCAAGCUGCCGGCCAGACCGCAAUGAGCCCCACAGAAUUCAACAAAUCCUCAACUACAUCAAAGGGAAUAUGAAGCAUGUGGUCUAGUUGACAAAAAGAGAUCAGGUUUCCAGAGCUGACCAGCAGUGCCUGUAAUGAAGACAUCGUGUUUAUGCAAGCAGUUUGUGGAAUCUGUGACUGCAGGGGAAAUUUGGACAAAAUUACUUCCUGAAAAUUUCCAAGGGGCACCAAGUAGCAGCUGGCCUCCUGGGUUGAGGAGGCAGGCAUCUCAAAGUCCUCAACUAGGCCUAGGGGAAGAGGGAGAUAUCCAACAUUUAAAGUUUUUAUUUUUUAAAAACACACAAAUACAGUUUUUAAUCUUUGAAAAUUAUUUUUAAGCAUACUUGGGUGGGAGGUAUUCUUAUUUUCUUAAAAGAGACAGGUCAGAAGCUGGAGGAGCGCAUGGAGUUGUGGAUACCAGAGGGUUUGGGCCUCAGGGCAAUACAGGUGGAGCCCUGGGGAAGAGGCACCAAUCAGAAGGCUGGGAAGUGGGGGGAAAUUCAAUGGUAUUGUUUUAGGACUAUGUAUCUAUUUUGAUUUUUAAUAAAAUUUUCAAAAACCUG